CUUUAACUGUCCUUGACGUUAAAGAGCUUUAAAGCGUUGAGAUUGAAUUUACGCUUGUUUUCAUUUGCCAGAGCUACAACGUGAGCCCAUAUUCUGUUCCAGAAUAUCGCUGUGCGGCCUGUCCCUCAACUCUCUGAGGAAAGCAAUGAGUCGGUAGACAUCCAGCUGAACUUUAGGGCAGAGCAGAACCACGACACACACACUGUAUUGGAGCAGCAGAAAGAACAGAGGCAGCUCCAGAACCGGUGCAAUAGCUACAACUCCCCGGACCUCGUAGUCCGCACUCUGCAGGAGGAAAAAGAUCACUUCAAGAAGGAGGCUGAGGAACUCAGAAGGAUGCUGAGAGCUCGUCGCUCAACCAGCCCUGUCAAAGGCACUUCCACCCAACGGAGUCCCACCAGACAGUCUCCUGUUAAAGGUGGAACUUAUGAUUCAGAGCUGAUGAGGGUAUUACGCGAAAGAGAUGAGUUGCAAAACAUGUUGGAUAAGUACGAGCGCCACAUGUCAGAGGUCCAGGCCAACAUUAAAGUACUCACAGCUGAGCGAGACAAGACCAGAAUGCACUACCAACAGGCUCAGGAGGAGAUAGCAGCUCUACGGCGAGAGGUGAUGAAGUCAAGAACCGCGCGAGGACCCAAGAGUAGCGUGACAGCUCAGAGCAUCCUCAAACGACUGGAGGCUGAGAGGGACGAGGCAGCUGCAGAUCUCCAUCACAUGACCACAGAGAGAGACAGCCUGAGAGAGAGAUUAAAGAUCUCUCAGGAGACAGCCAUCAGUGAAAGAGCUCACCUGGAGCAGAGGGUGGAAGACCUGCAGGCUGCUGUACUCACACUGGAACAGGAGCGUGGGGAGCAGAAAAGCAGACAGGCUCAGAUGAGGGAGACCAUGAUUGGCCUAGAGGAGGAAGUUCACACAUUAGGCCAAAAACUCAACAGCAGUGAGGAAGAGCUCGGCCGCGUUAGGAAUGAGUGCAGCAGCCUCAGACUGUCAAACAGUCAGAUGGAAAGUUCUCUGAGUGAGACUCAGCGGAGACUGACCUCCAGGAUUGGAGAGCUGCAGAACCUUCAGGACAGAAAUAAACAGCUAGAUGAGAAGAACGAGUCUCUGUUGAGGCAGAUGAUGGCGUCACGAGAGGAGGUCAGCAUGCUGCAGCACACCAGCUCAGAGCUGGACCUGCACAGAAGAACGCUGAUGGUACAACUGGAGAAGAAGAGUGAGCUGCUCAGCAUAGCGGAUGACCAGCUGGAUGAGAAGGAGAAAACCAUCAGGAGUUUUAGGCUAAAAGUUGAGGAUCUUGAAAAAACUCUAGUAGCUCUUAAGGAGACUGUGGUUGAUAGAGAGAGAGACCUGGAAGUUCUGAGGAGGAAGUUGUCAGACUCUGAAAAGGGGGUGGUAACUUUGACGAAAAUCAAAGAUGCCAUGUUGCAGGAGAACAGUCUGCUCAGGGCCGACCUUGACCAAGCGCAUCUGGACAAACAGUCCCUGCAGCUCAAGCUAGAUGAAGCUAAUCAUGAAAUAGAAGACAUUCAUAGAAAAGUACAAGAUCACAUUGCUGACAUCUCAUGCACUGAAGAUCUGCUGUCUGCUAAGGAGCGGGAGUGCCGGGAUCUGGAGGAGUCUGAAAGGAAAGUGUCUCUUCAGGCAGAAAGCUGGGAGAGGCAGUCCAGACAAGCAGAAACCACCAUCACAGAACUUCGCCUUGAGCUUAGUGACUCUAAUUCGGAGAUGAUUCGACUUAAAGAAAGGGCAGAUAGCCUUGAGAGAAGCCUGCAAGAGGCACUGAGUGCUGAGCGAAGCUGCAACAGUCAGCUGUCUCAGCUAAACCGGAAGAUGAUUAUCAUGGAGGAAGAUCUGCAUCAGGCACAGACUGAGCGUGCACAGGUGCAGGCAGACCUGGAAAAAACACGAGAGCUCUGCAUCAAACUGGAUGCCAGCAAAGAGGCUGUGCAGCAUGAGCUAGAAUCAUGUCAAUCUGAGGUGGCACUGUUGCAGAAAAAGCUGGCCAGUGAGCGUCUGUCUGUUCAGAGUCUGGAGAGCCUGCUAGUGUCUGCACGAGAAACGGAACUUCAGAGACAGCUCACCUCUCAAGAACGACAGGCUGAAACACAAAUACUCAGGGACAAACUUAGCAUGGCUGACAGCAAAGUGAGCUCUCAGAGCAGGGAAAUGGCUCAGCUGAGGACACAAUCAGCCCUGAUAGAAGCAGAUCUUGACAUGACGAAGAGUCACCUGUCCACUGAGCGUUUUGAAAGGGAACGUGCAGUGCAGGAACUGCGCAGACUGGGUCUCUCAGGUCUCUCUCCUGUCCUUUCUUCCACUAUGCGUGACUCAUCCACAUCACGUCAUCGUUCUCUGAGCCCUCAGAGAUCCUGGUCUCCAGAACGCUCUCAUCACAGCUCAGCGGACCCUCUGCUUAUGUCACACUACCCAGACAGGAGUUCGUCCUUCAAGGAACUUUAUGACUGAGUUUUACAACACAAGUAUAUUUGUGGGGAGUAUUUUGGCAGAAUUCUGUCUGAAGAAAUUUACAGUAACAUUUGUUAAAUUAAUCAAAUUUACUGUGAUUUCAUGGUCAUAUAUUUCAAUAAACAAAUGA